AUGAAUGUACGCUUGAAUCAACCUAUAGCUUUAGAACAAGCGGUUCUUUUUGUGACUUCGGCUGAGGAAUUCCUUGAAAUUGUGAUUAAUUUGGACAAGAAAAUAACCUCUCCGGGUAAAGUAAUAACAAUUUUAACGAAUCCAAACGAACUGAAUGAUAUUACGAAAGCAGCUUGGAAAUAUGAUAUAGCAGAUUUAAUUGUACUAACAAAAGAAAACCAAUCUGUAUCUAUGUACACCUAUUAUCCGUAUAGCAAUAACGUAUGUGGUAAUACAGAUCCUGUUAAAGUUGACUUUAAGGAAGAGUUUUUCCCGAGGAAGUUUAAGAAUCUCUUUGGAUGCGAAACCAGAUUGGGAAGUAUACCAGCUCCCCCGUAUUCUAGAUUAGAAUGUGUCAAUGGCUCGUCUCCAUUCUAUAAAGGAGUUCUUGGUGGUCUGGUGAAGCUUAUAGUUGAGCAUAUGAAUACAACACUAAAAGUUAUAUGUAUUACAAGCUCAAAUCAAAAAAUGAUUAGUGAUCUUGAACACAAAACGAUUCAUAUUCUCACCGCAGUAAUAUAUAAUCAAGAUUUCUUAGCAACGCAGAAUACUCCUGUUUACCACUUCUUUGAGAGUGUUUGGUGUGGUCCUCCCCAACGGGAAAUGUAUACUCAUGUCAAAGUAUUAGUUCCUAUGUUGAGUAACUUUACAGUUUGUCUUUGCGCUACUUAUUUAAUGCUUGUUGUUGUAUUGAAAUUAAUUGACAGGCUUGAACCAUGCAAUAAGACUGCCCACAUGGCUUGGAAGGCUUUAGCAGUUCUGUUGGGACAGAGCUUUCGCUCCGAAUCUAAAUGUUGGCUAAUAAAUUAUCUUUACAUGCUUUGGUUCUGGUUUAGUUUGGUGUCAAAUAUUGCAUACCAAGGAUUGUUGGUAAAAGGCCUUCAAACGCAAUACUUGGAGCCACGUUUCGAUAAAAUAGAAAACGCUAUAAGUUUAGUAGACGGCUAUGGAGGUACGAUAAGGCAGAGGAGCGUAUACGAUGGCACUCCUAUAUUUGACAAAUUUCAGGUCAAGGAGUUACAUGAAAUGCUUUCAUAGCUGUCCCCAAUAUCGAGGGGUAAGCGGUUCCUGAUACUAACACCAAGAUUAAUAUUACUGGGGUACACAUCCUUGCAGAUUUUCGAAGCAGUUAAUCAUAUGCCGAUGACGAUGUCUUUGACUCCAAGGUGGGGAGGUGGUGUGGAAAUAAUCUCCUUACAGACUCGACUGAUAGAAGGAGGUUUCUUUGAAAAAAUUCUUGUCGAUGAGAAACUGGCGAUUGAAAGCAAAGAACGUAGGU